GCGCGGACGCGGGGGCGGCGGGAGCGCGGACGGCUCAGCUGCCCCGGAGUCGCCGAGACCCCGGCUUGCGCGCAUCCAAGUGAGGGCUGCGCCCCGCUAGCCCCAGCUCCCGUAGCCUCCCCGCCUGCGCCCCACGGCACGCGCCGUACAGCCAUGAACACCAACGACGCCAAGGAGUACCUGGCCCGGAGGGACAUUCCUCAGCUUUUCGAGAGCCUUUUGAAUGGCUUGAUGUGCUCCAAGCCUGAACACCCCAUAGAGUACCUGGAAAGUUGUUUACAGAAAGUCAAGGAGCUAGGAGGCUGCGACAAGGUGAAGUGGGACACAUUCGUCAGCCAGGAGAAGAAGACAUUACCCCCGCUGAAUGGAGGACAGUCUCGGAGAUCCUUCCUCAGAAAUGUAAUGCCUGAAAACUCAAACUUUCCUUAUCGACGAUAUGACCGGCUCCCUCCCAUCCAUCAGUUCUCCAUAGAAAGUGACACGGACCUGUCUGAGACCGCAGAGCUGAUAGAAGAGUACGAGGUGUUUGACCCAGCGAGACCUCGACCCAAAGUCAUCCUCGUCAUAGGUGGUCCAGGAAGUGGAAAGGGUACUCAGAGUUUGAAAAUUGCAGAGCGAUACGGAUUCCAGUACAUUUCAGUGGGAGAAUUAUUGAGGAAGAAAAUCCACAGUGCCAGCAGCAACAGAAAAUGGAGUCUGAUCGCCAAGAUAAUUACCAACGGGGAGCUGGCCCCACAGGAGACAACGAUUACUGAGAUAAAACAAAAACUGAUGCAGAUACCUGAUGAAGAAGGCAUUGUUAUUGAUGGAUUCCCAAGAGAUGUUGCCCAGGCUCUCUCUUUUGAGGACCAGAUCUGCACCCCUGACCUGGUGGUGUUCCUGGCUUGUGCCAACCAGAGGCUCAGAGAGAGGUUAGUGAAGCGUGCAGAGCAGCAGGGACGGCCAGAUGACAAUCUGAAAGCCACCCAAAGGAGACUAGUAAACUUCAAGCAGAACGCUGCCCCGCUGGUGAAAUACUUCCAGGAGAAAGGACUCAUCAUGACCUUUGAUGCUGACCGAGAUGAGGAUGCUGUGUUCUAUGACAUCAGCGUGGCAGUUGACAACAAGCUGUUUCCAAACAAGGAGGCUGCGACAGAUUCAACUGACCUUGACCCUUCGAUGAUGUUUGAUGCUGGAGAGAUCGUUGACACAGGAUCAGAUUACGAUGAUCAGGGUGACGAUCAACUAAAUGUGUUUGGAGAGGACACCAUGGGAGGCUUAAUGGAGGAUUUGAGAAAAUGUAAAAUCAUUUUCCUGAUGGGUGGCCCUGGCUCUGGCAAAGGCACCCAGUGCAAGAAACUGGCAGAAAAAUAUGGAUUCACUCAUCUCUCCACUGGCGAGCUCCUGCGCCAGGAACUGGCCUCAGAGUCAGAAAGAAGCAAACUGAUCCGUGACAUCAUGGAGCGUGGAGACCUGGUGCCCUCGGGUGUCAUCCUGGAGCUACUGAAGGAGACGAUGGUGGCCAGCCUGGGCGACACCAAGGGCUUCCUGAUUGACGGCUACCCCCGGGAAGUAAAGCAGGGGGAAGAGUUUGGACAAAGGAUUGGAAACCCACACUUGGUGAUCUGCAUGGACUGCUCAGCAGACACCAUGACCAAGCGCCUUCUGCAGAGAAGCCAGAGCAGCCAGUGUGGGGAGGACACUGCCAAGACCAUUGCCAAGCGCCUGGAGGCCUACCACCGAGCGUCCAUUCCUGUCCUCGCCUACUAUGAGACCAGAACACCACUGCGGAAGGUCAACGCAGAGGGAACACCUGAUCAGGUUUUUCUUCAGCUCUGCACAGCUAUUGACUCUGUUUUCUGAAGGAGAAAAUACGUAACUGCUAAGGGAAGUAGCGGCAGAAAUUCACAUGACAUUCACCCCUUCAUGAACACACUUCUGUGUCCUCCAUCCCAGCAGGCUCUUUCCUUCCAGCUCAACUCACGGGAGUUAUCUGGAAGCCAUGCAUGGUAUCUCUGGGACCUUCCACCUCUUCCUCCUGUAGACAACCAUCCCCUUUGGUAUGGUACACUUGUUUUUCUGUCACCAGGCUGUACCUCAGAGCAAAGUCAGGAUGGGAAGAGCAGUGUGGGAUCUGUUUGUGCGAGGUGUGCCCCAGGGCUGGCUGGAGUCUGAUCCAUCACACAGGGAGAACCUAUCAGUUUCCUUCUCACCCAUUUAUUUGUUCUUCCCGGAUAUGGGUCCUUGGCAUGGGGGCAAGCUUGGACACGUCAUCCUAUACUGGCUCUGCUUCUCCAGUUCCACCCAGGAAGGGUCCAGAGCUCUGGUGGAACCUUUAACUGCCCUGUGGCACAGAGGCACCACACCAGUAGUACUUGACAGAAAUGUUUCGAAAUAAGACACUGUCCAGCUUCUCUAAGGGAGCACAACAGGGCAAUCAGUACUAUCAUUUCUGGGAAGCUACAUAGAACAGUGUAAUAAAAGCUAACACAUCUGAGCAACUGUACAAGCCACUCUCCAUGUGGUGGUAGUCUCAGCAAUUCCAUAAAUUAGUAUCAGAGACCGGAGGUAACUUAAAAGUAGGAGAGGUGAUUGUUACUUCACUCACUGGAAAAACCCGUCUUGUAGUUCUGAUCUGAGAUGACUACUCCCUGACAUAUUGCCAAGUCAAAAGCAAGGAAGAGUAUGCUAACGGUGCUGGGGAUAGGCUCGUGUGUGGGUGUCCUGUGCUGUGUCCUGCGUUGCACACUCUUCAUGGCCUGCUCCCUGGGGAAACACUUGCAUCACACCAGUGAAGCAUGGGUCUUUUGUGCCGAGCUGUUGGACUGAAGCUGCUGCCAUCUUCUGAAAUACCUGUCUCUUGCACUCUGUCACUACACAACACGCAGUUUGGUUUGCAUGAUUCUUUUCCUCAAUGAGUGUGCAAAUACAGAGAUGUUUCCAGGACAGACUGUAUUUUUAAAAUCAUUUUUUCCUCAAAACAGUUAUGUAGAAAUGAAAUAAAUGGAAGCCAGGAUAA